CCCAGACCACGAGAUGCGGGUCAUGAUGCAGCGAACCCUCCUCCUGCUGCUGUCGGGGACCCUGGCCAUGACCCAGACCUGGACCAGCUCCCACUCCCUGAGGUAUUUCCACACCGCGAUGUCCCGGCCAGGCAACCAGGAGCCUCGCUUCAUCGCCGUGGGCUACGUGGACGACACGCAGUUCGUGCGGUUCGACACCGACGCCCCGAAUCCGAGGAUGGAGCCGCGGGCGCCGUGGAUGGAGCAGGUGGGGCCGGAGUAUUGGGACCGGGAGACGCGGAUCGCCAAGGUGCACGCAGAGAUUGCCCGGCCGAACCUGCAGACCGCCCUCCGCUAUUACAACCAGAGCGAGUCCGGGUCACACAGCAUCCAGAGAAUGCAUGGCUGUGACAUGGGGCCGGACGGACGCCUCCUCCGCGGCUACAGUCAGUUGGCCUACGACGGCGCGGACUACAUCGCCCUGAACGACGACCUGAGCUCCUGGACCGCGGCGGACACGGCGGCGCAGAUCACCCGCCGCAAGUGGGAGGUGGCCGGGGAGGCAGAGCGCUACAGGAAGUACCUGGAGGACAAGUGCUUGGAGGGGCUCCGCAGGUACCUGGAGAUGGGGAAGGAGACGCUGCUGCGCGCAGAAUCUCCCAGCACACACGUGACCCGCCACCCCAUCUCUGACCAUGAGGUGACCCUGAGGUGCUGGGCCCUGGGCUUCUACCCUGCGGAGAUCACCCUGACCUGGCAGCGGGAUGGGGAGGACCACACCCAGGACACGGAGCUUGUGGACACCAGGCCUGCGGGAGAUGGGACCUUCCAGAAGUGGGCAGCUGCGGUGGUGCCUUCUGGACAGGAGCAGAGAUACACGUGCCACGUGCAGCACGAGGGGCUGCCCUUGCCCAUCACUCUGAGAUGGGAGCCGCCUCCUCAGCCUUCCAUCCCCAUCCCGGGCAUCAUUGCUGGUGUGGCUGUCACUGUCCUUGUGGUCACUGUGGUGCUUGGAGCUGUGAUCUGGAGGAAAAAGCGCUCAGGAGGAAAAGGACCGAGCUACUCUCAUGCUGCACGCAAUGACAGCACCCAGGGCUCUGAUGUGUCUCUAACGUCUCCUGAAAUGUGAGACCUGUUGCCUCUCAGGGGCUGAGUGAAGCAAGAUUUGUUCCCACUCCCAUUGGUGCCAUCAAGAGCCCCUGACUUCUCUUUCUGCCAACAGUGUCAGAAUAUGUCUGU